AGUGAUUUUGGCUGGAGCUGAAGAGUUGCCUUGGAAGCAUCCCCUCCGGCCCCAGGCAAUGCUGUCGAGCAGUCGCCGACUGGAGGGUCCAUAAUCGGCCUUCUGGCAGCAGAGAGGGCACGCGGCCCAUGCCGCUCUAGAGAUGGGUGAGCCGGAACCCGCCGCAGACCUCUCUGACAGGUGCAGCACCCUGGUGCUCCUGGCGCCCGUAGGCUGCAGGCUAUCGGCACCCCUGGUCGGGAUGGACGAUUUUGCCGAGAGCCUGGCAGAUGCAGAGGCGCCGGGGCUGAAUACUUCUUCGCCUGCAGACCAGUGGCAGCUGCCGGGGGGCUCGGCUGCCGCGGCGGGGAGCAAGGUGGCCUCGCCAGCGGCGGCGUGCCCGGAGGGGCGCUGGUCGUGUGGCAGCUGCAGCGACGAGGCGAACGGAGAUUUCUCGAGCAGCAGGUCUUCACUGAACUCGAAGUCGGGGGCGGAUGCGCCAGCGAGGCCGACGGAUGGUCCAGCUUUCAUCGACCUCGGCCAUCCCGACGCGAAGCUCAUGCUGCUGCUCCUCGGCGGCCGCGACGAGGCCCGCUGGAGCGACUGACGCUGUCGCACCCGCGUGCUCCGAAGCCCCACAGGCACCUCCCCGGUGGGCCGCCUGCCAUGGCGUGCCGUGCGGCCGAGCUUUUCCAGGCUCGGGGCCCCCGGAGCCCUCACGGCAGCGCGGGCGCUGCCAGGAGUGAGCUGUACAAACGUUUAAGCGCCUGGCGUACGAGCAGGUGCCCAUGGGGCACCUGCUCACGCGUGCGAUUGUUUUUGAGCCACGUCGGGGUGCACCAAGUUUUCUUUCCUAUCAGGGCGCAUCGGGGGCAUCCUAAUUAUCAGGGACUACUCGGCCCACGCGAUCACAAUACACCGCUGAUCUUCCAGUCGAAUCUGACCGCGCGACUGUCCGGCCACGACGCGCACCAUUCGUGCAGCAUGUGGUGAGGCAACCGGGCGGAUUGUAUCGUACUUUGCCGGUAGAGCUGGCGGCGGCGUGGAGGUCUUGACUGUUCGUGCUCGAGGCGUCCCAG